GUGCCCCCGUCGCUGCGCGAGCUCCUCCUCACGGAUGCCGCGGCGGUGCUGUCGACACGGCUCAUUGACGACCCGCACCUCGCGGCUCUGCGUCUCUUUCGGCGGCGCACGCUCUUUGCGAACACCCAGAAGGACGUUCUGGUGGGGUUUGCGACCUCCGCCCUGUUGUGCGACGCCGCUGGGGGGGCGGACGCCCCGCCGCGCGCCUCCGCCUUUGCGGCGGGCGACGGUGCUUUCGCCGCGACGACGCUGCUGCCGCCGUUGCGCGGGGAGCAAGGCGGCGUGGCCCCAACGCACACGCUGCGCGAUUUGCGGUGCGAAGGCGCAGGGGCGGGGGAGGCGCCGCAAACGCACGAGGGCGCCGACGCGCAGCCGGCAGCCCACCUCUCCCCGCGGCUGAUUGCCACGGCGCUGCGGCAGGCGCUGGACUGGCGGCUGGUCGCGCUGAGGUACACCACCAGUCGCCUUCCAGUGGCGCACGUGGCAUGCCUAGGGAUGGUUCCGCGCUUUGCCGCCGCACCGGCGAUUGUGCGGCGGGUGGCGCAGGAGAUCGUUGAGCUGCAAUAG